AUGAAUCCAACAAGAUCCCCAAACUCAGGGCGUCGGGUCCCUCCCACUUACCCCCGCCCUCCCUCCGAUGACGAGGAAGACGACUCCGAUGAAGACGAAUUGGUUCGCCCCGGAUCCUCCGGCAGUGACGCUUCCUCCAACGUGACAACUGUCUCAGCGACUCCUCUAACGCCUCUCAAUACUCAAAUGCCCGGCAGUUAUUUCCCUCCUCAGUCGCGUUCCGCGUCCGCGACUACCUCCCCUCACGCCUUCCCAAUGCCGAACACCAGAAGGCCAUCUGGCCGUCCCUCCGUUGAGCUGCCCAGGCACCGCUCGAGACACCAUUCACAGGGCUUCUUUGAGCCCUCUCUGCCCACUGCUUCUUCCGACCAGGUGCCCACCGUGUCAGCGUCUCGUAUAGCCGCCCAAACAGCAAUGCAGCAGAAACGCCCUACGCCGGAAUCCCACUCACGAAGGAGUGGCAGUGCUUCCCCGCCAUUGAUGCCAGCACCGUUACGAGUGAACCAACCUUCCCCACAACCACCUCCACCGAACGUAGCAACUACAGCUGCAAAUGUGGUGUUCCCGAGACCGGGGGCACAGCCCGAACCGCCCGAGAAGCAGAAGAAGAAAAAGCUCUUCUCGAAGCCAAAACAUAUCGGCAUCAGCAGAGAUAAGGAUUCUGGUAAAGAUCGUGGUCUUCCUUCACCAAGCAAGAUCGUGGGGCUAUCCCGCAUGGUCAGCGCCUCAACAACCAAUGUGGCCGAUCUGCCCUCAAACAAUUCAUCCAUGUACAAUUUGUCCAAUGCCUCGGUCAGCACCGUUGUCCCUGCGGAUCGUCCGCCGGCAUUGGAGAAAGACAAGGAGAAGGACAAGGAGAAAGACAAGCAUAAACACCAUUUCCUGUCCAGACAGAAACUCAAACUCAAAGAUCGAGUCGACGAUCACUUCAACCUCCCGCUAUCUUCAGCUUCGAGCAACUCUCGACCUGCCGAUCCUAAUGCCCCAAAAUCCUUGUACUCGUUCGUCAGUCCUGCAUCGCCUGCACCGGGUGCCACAUUCGGCAAAUCAGUCAGUGGGCUAGAUAUAUUGCAUGGUGGGCGGGCAUUGCGCGAGAAGAAGAAAGAAGAGAAGGCCCUAGCAGAGUCCGAACAACUGGAUUGGAUGUCUCAUAAUCCCGCUGGGCCUAUAACACCGUUUGUCGGGCCCCCUUCAGCUGGAAGUGUAAACCCAGGGUCUGUUCCUGAAUCGAUUUUGAGAGAGACCCUACAGGGCUUCGGAUUGAACAACAUGACUCCCGAAGACGCCUGGGAUUUCCUGAAAGCAAAGUUGCUGGUCAUCUUUGAUGGUGAGGAUGUUCGCAUUGCUAUUGAGGACCUGAACAAAUUGGUAUUUGUGCAUCUGCAGCGCUGUGUACAAAAGAGGGCUCCCACGUCCAUCAUCAUGGAUCUGCAAGAGUUGUUAGAGACUGGAUUUGCGACUCUCAACCACAGUUCUCUGCUCGGGAUUCCGGAUGAAAGGCUUGUUCCUCAUCUGGUGCAGAUUUGGUUACUGGUCUUUGGCACUAUUCUCCCCUUCAUCCAGGCCGUCUUCCUUCCCCUCGACCUUGAAUUCAAAGGCUGUGGCUCCAUCAUGACCAGUCGCGAAGCAGGUGAAUUUUGGGGGGCCCUGCCUGUAGGCGGAACCCUCGAUGUACGGAACCUCGUCCUCAUCGCUUUCCGUGACCGUAUCAUACUCAACCGAUAUGACACGCUCAAGGCAACAUUCUCCCGCCUCAGUCUAGACUCUAUCAACUCGGGCUUCCCCACACUCAGUGUCACCGCAAAGAGUACCGGUACAGGGGGUCGUCCUGGUACGGCUGCUUCCCUCGAUGCAGGCUUCGGCAGCUACAACUCUCAAUCUUCCAUGUUCCCCAGUAAUGUCGCAGACAGCUAUUCUUCCGACGGCAUCAGCGCUCUUGCCAAUCGCCCCACAAGCAGUGACUCACGUAGUCGCGCAACAUCAAACACCUCUUCAAAUGCGGACGUUUUCUUCAGCUCCGUCGCCUCCCCUCAAGCACCAAACAGUCGCCCAACCGUCAUCCACCGCGCCAACGCUGCUGACACAUCUCAUAUCAUCACCGAAACUGUUGGCCGUAUGCUCCAGUGUGUCAGUGUUCUCGCAAGCAUACAAACCGACGACGCACCUCAAGAACGAAUCGAAGUACUUAGCAAAGCUCUCAAACACAACUGGCUUGGCCGUGGCCGCACAGGUCGUGAUCGCCGCGGUUUCGUUGGCGCCAAGAUCCGCCCCGUCAUGGUUGGCGGUCCUCCUGUCAUCGACGACGCGGACUCUCUUACUACCGCUGGUAUCAGCAUUGGUGCUAGCACUAGUACAGGUGGUUCUAGGGGGCGUGGUGAUUCUUCCUCCUCGGAUUGGAGUUCUGGCUUACCUGGUCCUGGUAUGAGUGUGAGAAGCGGACGGAGGGAGUUGAGCGCUCUUUAG